GGGGAGCGGGGAGCGGGGCGGGGUGCCCAGAUCCGGGGCCUUCUGCGGCUCGGAGAGAUGCAAAUCUCGGGCACAAUGGGGUCCCUGUUUCCCCUGAUCCUGCCUCCGCUGAAAAGGUCGGGCCGGGCCCUGGGGAGUCACUCGCUCCUCAGCUCCCCUUGAUGGACAAGACCGGCGGGAACGGGACCCCGUCCCAGCCUCCCCUGCCGCCCCCCAGAGCCCCGGGGAAGCCCCCGCGGGGAGCAGCCCGUGGAGUCUCCCCAUCUUGGAGAGAGGAUGCCUGCCUCCCGGCUUCCCCAGGUUCUGCGGGGCUUUUGAGCCAAUGGGACGCCGAGGAGGAAGAGGAUGGAGAAGGGGAGUACGAGCUCCCUCCUUGCGAAUCCCUGGCCGCCCACACGGCCCCUUUCCCUGUGGAGAAGAGCGAGCUGUAUCUGGAUCGAUCCGUCACCGCUGGACCUCCCAAGCCCGAGCCCCGGCCCUCCCGGGAUCCAGCUGAAGAAGAAGACUCUGAGGACGCCAUCUACCUGGAGCCCAGUCUGGUUUCACCUUUAAAACAGGACUUGGGGCCUCAGGCCCCAUCCACCCCGGCCGUGAUCCCAAGACCCACGAUGGUCCCCAGACCUGCCUACAAGGCUCUCUCUGGCCCCCAGGAAGCUUGGAGUGGGUCAGGGGACAUCGCGUACAAUGAGCUCAGGUCCAGCCUUCUCAUGUGCUUAUUACUCUGGCCCCAGCCCCACCGAGUGAUCUUCUUCCAGUGGGGAGGAGUACAUUCACGGGGAAACCCCUUGCAGAGGAGAGAUGCAAAGAAAAAGAAUGAAAUCAUAGCUGUCAAUCAAUUAAUUGCUCGGGGUCAGUGGGACCCUCUGUGUUGUGUGUGUGCCCAGAAGGCCGGCCUGCUGACUCAGCCCUGGUACUCGGCGCACUGUGACCGCCAAACUGUGGAGAACACACUUCUCUUGCUCCGAAAGGACGGCUCCUACACCAUCAGGCUCAGCUCCGAUCCCCAAGGACUGAAGCCCUUCACCCUGGCUGUGUUCUCCCACGGCCACGUCUACCACAUCCCCAUCCGGUGGCUAGAAGCCCAGGGACAGUACGCACUGGGCCGGGAGAGCAGGAGCUCCGACAAGCUCUUCCCCACCGUGGCUUCCCUGGUCCAGCAUUUCUCCCAGCACCCCCUGCUCCUGGUGAACAGAUGCGGUGGCGAUCGGCAGCACGCCCGCCUCCUCUUCCCCACCAAGGCCUGACCCCCGGCGGAGCAAAGGGGCAGGAGCGCGGGGUCAGCCGUGCCCAGCACAUAGGAGGCGCUUAAUAAAUGCUGGCUGAGCAAAGGAA